GGGGGAACAAGUGUAAACUGGAGAGGGGCAGAUUUAGACUAGACGUAAGGAGGAAUUUCUUCAAGGUGAGAGUGGUGAGGCACUGGCACAGGUUGCCCAGGGAAGCUGUGGCUGCCCCAUCCCUGGAGGUGUUCAAGGACAGGUUGGAUGGGGCCUUGGGCAGCUUAGUCUAGUGGGAUGUGUCCCUGCCGAUGGCAGGGGGGGUUGGAACUAGAUGAUCUUUAAGAUCCCUUCCAACUCAAACUAUCCUAUGAUUUAGUGAUUCUAUGAUUUUAUGAUUCUAUGAUUCUAAGCUCUAAGAACAGCCCUCCCUUGGCAGCCAAUCCUUCCUCCCUGCAGCAGCACCACAGCUGGGGCCAGUUCCCCCAUCAAUUAGCAACCAUCAUCAUCAGCUGUCCAGAUAAGAUAAAGGCAGGGCAGGGCAACCACCUAGACUGACUUUCCUGUGGUUAUGAUCAUGGAGGGCUUUGUUUAUCCCCCCUUCAGCAUGUACCAGGGCUUCAGGGGCAGCCUCACACCGAGCCGCAGCAGUGACCCAUUGGCAAAGCAGCCCAGCUGGAAGCAGAGCAAGAGCAGUGGUGUCAGCCCCUUCCCGGGGCGGCCGGUCACCCCGCUGCCAUCUGACUACCUGGAUGGCUACCGACGGGCCCAGCUCCAGGCCCUGCUCUCGCAGGUGAGCCCAGGGCUUGUGCCACGGCUGCACCGGGCCAAUACCAAGGAGGUGGGCGUGCAGGUGAGCCUGCGGGCUGAUGCUGCUGUGCAGUGCUCACUGGGACCUCGCACACUGCCUGUUGGCCAUUCCCUUGGCCCUGCUGCCCUGUGCACCCAGGGGCAUCCUGCCCUCUACUCGCCCCUGCUGGACCGUCGCCCCUUCAUGCUGCCUGGGGCUGCUGGGUGCCCAGAGGAGGAAGAGGCGUCUGAAAAGAUCCCUGAGAAGCAGAAGGUGGAGGAUGGUAGCAGAGAGCAGCAGGAGGGUCAGCCAGAGGCUGCUGUGUUGAGCGAGGAGACAGCAGAGACCCCGCAGGAGGAGACUGCGGUCCCCAGACAGCGGGCUGCCUUCCAGUUUUUGGAGCAGAAGUAUGGCUAUUUCCACUGUAAAGACUGCAAGACCAGAUGGGAGAGCGCUUAUGUGUGGUGCAUUUCUGGAAGCAACAAGGUCUACUUCAAGCAGCUCUGUCGCAAAUGCCAAAAGGGUUUCAAUCCCUAUCGAGUGGAAUCAAUCCAGUGCCCGACCUGUUCAAAGACUCGUUGUUCCUGCCCUCAGACGAAAAGACAUAUUGAUCUCAAGAGACCUCAUCGCCAAGAACUUUGUGGCCGUUGCAAAGGCAAGAAGCUGUCCUGUGACAGCACUUACAGCUUCAAAUACAUCGUCUGAUCUGUGCAUCAUUUUCUAUGUUGUGCUUUGUCAGUCUCUU